AUGGCAACACUUGCAUCAUCAGUUAAAAUAUGUGGAACCUGCAGUGUCGAUCUCGUCUAUGAAGAACAAAUUUAUAAAGAUCUCAGUUUAUCUGUUCUACCAGGACUUUGUGCUGAUCUGAUUUUGGGUCUCGACUUUCAGUCACAACAUGAGAGCGUUAUCUUCCAGAAUGGAGGAUCAAAACCACCUUUGUCAGUAAGUAGUUUCAGCAAACUUAACGUGGAGCCACCUGAACCAUUCGCAAACCUAACGUCAGACUGCCACCCAAUCGCAACAAAGUCCAGACGAUAUAGUCAAGAAGAUACCGAGUUUAUUGAUAAAGAAGUAACAAGGCUUCUCGAAGAAGGUAUCAUAGAACCCAGUCAAUCACCUUGGUGA